CAGAUCCACUCAGUACACUGUAGUGAUAUGCAGAGGUGUGAUCAGUCCUGUCUAUGGAGCUGCCUUUUACUUGUCCUGUUAAUGUAUAUUUUUUUAUCUUUUCACUUUCAGUUACAGUCUCUGAAGAAUUUCAGCUGUUUUGACCAUGUCCCGCAAGUUCCAUACACAGAGGACCGAGGCAAUCGACAAUCAUGUGUGGGUGGAAUUUACCCAACUAGCUGCUGAGUAUGAAGUAGUGAACCUGAGCCAUGGAUUCCCUGACUUUCCUCCUCCCAGUUUUGCCAAGGAGGCUCUUUGCACUGCUGUCUGUGGGGGCACUAGUAUGCACCAAUACACACGCAUCCUUGGCCAUCCACCACUUGUAAAGAUCCUUGCCAAAUUUUUUGGGAGGAUUUUGGGCCUGGAAAUUGAUCCAAUGCAGGACAUACUGAUUACUGUAGGAGCCUAUGAAGCCCUUUUUUGUGCAAUUCAGGCUCUGAUUUCUGAAGGUGAUGAAGUAAUUAUCAUAGAACCUUUCCAUGACCGUUAUAAAUCCAUGACUGUAAUGGCAGGAGGAAAACCUGUCUACAUGCCCCUCAAACCUGCAAAGGUUACUUGUCCAACUUUGUCCAGUGCUGAUUGGGUGUUGUGUCCUGAAGAGCUGGCCAGUAAAUUUACCUCUCAUACAAAAGCUAUCAUCAUUAACAGUCCCAGUAAUCCAUUAGGCAAGGUAUUUCAGAGGGAAGAGUUGCAGAUGAUAGCUGACCUGUGUAUAAAGCAUAAUGUUAUUUGCAUCAGUGAUGAGGUGUAUGAGUGGCUUACAUAUGAUGGAGCACAACAUAUAAAAAUAGCAAGUUUUCCAGGUAUGUGGGAGCACACUGUCACUAUCGGGAGCGCAGGCAAGUGCUUUAGUGCAACGGGAUGGAAGUUGGGCUGGGCAAUUGGACCAGGACAUAUCCUUAAACACCUGCAAAGCAUUCAUCAGAACUCUGUAUACCACUGCCCCACUCCUACUCAGGAGGCUCUGGCAGUGUGUUUCCAGAGAGAAUACAACAUGUUUGGCACAGAAGAAAGCUACUUUAGACAGUUACCAAAGCAGCUCCAAACCAAAUGCGAAAGGCUAGCCAACUGUAUGAGUAGUGUGGGGCUGCAGCCCAUCAUGCCUGAGGGUGGCUACUUUAUGAUGAUGGACAUCUCCAACGUGAAGGUUGACCUAAAUGACCCAAAUACUAAGGAUGAACUCUAUGACAGCAGAUUUGUGAAGUGGCUUAUUAAAGAGAAGGGUUUGGGCACUAUCCCUGUAUCUGCAUUUUUCAGCUUGGAGCAAAGAGCACACUUCCAGAAUUACAUUAGAGUCUGCUUUGUCAGGGAUGAUUCAACCCUGGAUGCAGUAGAAGACAUUCUGAAACAGUGGAGUGAUUAUAUCAAAAUGGGAUCAAACUAAUUCUGUUCAAAAAUCUUUUUUGCAUAGUAUGUCUGAGUCAGCUCACAUUAACCACUAUAGAAGAAUCUAAGCUUUUAAAUGAAAUACCUCAGGGAGAUGGGAAAUUCAGCAGUCCCACUGUGUUUUAUCCAUACUUAUACAAUUUAGUGUAAACAAUUUCACCCCCCCCCCCCCCAUUUUUUCUGGAUGAAAAAGGAAAACGUUAUCUCUAUUUUACAGUUAAUCUACAACAAAUGCUGCUGCAAAAGAGCCAUUCAAAACGUAAGGCAUAAACAACAGAAAAAAACUGUCUUAUAAUCAAAAGCAACAAGACAAAUUAUUGUCAUCACACUUCCUCUGCUAGUGUUUGAUAUCCAGCCAUGUUAUAACAGAUAUAUUAGAAAGAAUGGGGGGACAGAUUAUUUUAGAAAGAAUUACUGAACUGAUUUUUUCCCUAAUUAUUAUCAAACAUUUCCCACCUUACACCCAGUGUUCCUAGGAUAGUCUCUAGAUUAAUUGCUUACUGAAGAUGGACAAAUGAAUUUGCAUUCUUUUGCAUCCACACUAUUCAACUAAUCAAAAUAACAUAGAAUAAAACAUUUCUUUUUCCUAUCAGUUAAUAGGAAAGCAUGUGUAAUUUAUUGAAGGAGCUCCACUGAAUGUAUGAAUUAAUGCAGAACCUAAAAUAAAAGCACUUUUACAUUUGCGUGA